AUGUCCUCGAUUCAUUACAAGUUUCGGGCGACGUUAGAAUACAAGACACUUCAGUUCGAUGGUCUACACAUAACAGGAGCGGACUUGAAAAAGGAAAUUUGCGCGAAGGAAGGAAUUAAGGCCGAAGCUUUUGAUCUUCUCCUGCAGAAUGCUCACACGAAGCGUAGCUAUACGGCUGAAGAGCUGAUACCCCGAAACUCAUCGAUCAUCGUUCAGCGGGUACCAAGAGAGGAUGCGGAGAAACUGCCCAAAAUCCAGUAUGUAUUUAUGGUUAUUGAUUCGGGCUUCCAAUGUACACUUUAUCAAAUCGCACACAUUAAAGACGUUUCCACUGCAAAAUACCAUUCUAGCAACUUUCAAAAGAAGACUACGAAUAUAAUGUCUGGACCACCACCUCCCACAUACACCUGCAAUCGUUGCUAUCAACCUGGUCACUGGUACAAGAACUGCCCAAUGGUAAUCACGAUCGCUGCGCGGAUGCGCCUUUUGGUCGUUCCACUACUGUCAUUUCAGUUGGCUACGAAGCGAACUACUGGAAUUCCGUCACAAGAGUUGAUGGAAACGACGCCAGAGGAUCCACUGGCCAUGUUGCAUCCAUCCGGAAAGCUAGUCGUUCCUAUAAUGCAUUGGAAGGCGAGGCAGCAUACAAAGAAGGCGUGUGACAGAGGAAGGGCCAGCGAUCGAACGUGUACCACCUCAAGAGUUGACGUGCCCCAUUUGCUCACACCUUUUGAAGGUGUGACAUUUGCCCUAUUGAGAAUAAAGUCUGGAAUAAAUCAGCAAAGUAAUUCGAAAAGUUGGUUGACGCUGUCACUCCAGUAG